UCCGUCAGUCGCUGUCGCGCGUCUGUUUUGUGCGUGUGUAUUCUUCGUCGAGUCAACCCGGGAUCGUCACGUCACCAAACUUUCUAACUGUCAUCAUUUAACUUGAAGUGUGUUUUGUGAGUGUUUUAUGUGGAUGUGGUGUUACUUUGUGUAAAAUGCGGAGCGCCGGGGAGGCGUUCUGUCUCUUACUGGUGGUGGCUUCGGUCGCCGCUCAGAUAGACACCAGGCAUUUGUCAGGACGUCGGGUGAAAUCACGACUGCCCAAGACUUUCCUUAAAAAGAUACGGUUCAAAGACGGCCACGUUAAAUUCCAACUUACGAAAGGUGACACAUUAUGUCCAAAUGGCAUGUUCCGGUGUCCUGAGGGCAAGUGCAUUCCGGAGCUGUGGGUGUGCAACUACCAGAAAGACUGCGAGAAGGGGGAGGAUGAGUUCCAAUCAUGUCCGCCACCUGAAUGCGAGCCCGGCCAGCUAGCAUGCUCGCAGUACAUGUUCAACAAGACCUACUGCAUCCCCCCGCACUACAGAUGCGACAUGGUGGUCGAUUGCCUCGACGGCACAGACGAGGCAGACUGCGUGUACCGCAACUGCCAGCCAGACGACUUCCAGUGCGGCGUGGAGAGGGCCAGUUCUGCUAAAUCUGCACAAGGGCCCUGCAUACCGAAACAAAAGAGAUGCGACGGGUACUUAGACUGUAGGACGGGUAAAGACGAACAGGGCUGCCCAGGGGAGGCCGUGCCGUGCCGACUGGACCAGUUCAAGUGUGCUACUGGCAAUAGAUGCGUCGACGCCAGCGCCAAAUGUGACCACAAGAACGACUGCGGGGACAACUCUGAUGAAGCCAACUGCAAUUUCCCCCCUUGCCACAUAGCAACCCAGUUUCGCUGCAGCAAUUCCCUCUGCAUCCCAUUGACCUACCACUGCGACGGGUACAAAGACUGCGCGGACGGCACCGACGAGGCCAACUGUACCGCCAUCGCCUGUCCUGAUAACAAGUACUUGUGUCCUAAGGGGGGACCGGGGGGGACGCAUAAGUGUAUCUCCAGGACACAGCUGUGCGACGGGAAGAAGGAUUGUGAGGACAAUGCUGAUGAGGAGACUGCUUGUUCAACAACCACAUGUCCAGCACUAGAAUGCGAAUACAAAUGCGUGGCUUCGCCAUCUGGCGGCGCUUGCGCAUGCCCAGCUGGUUUAACAUUAUCCCCCGACAACCGCACUUGUGUCGACCGCGACGAAUGCAAAGAGUGGGGUUACUGCCACCAGCUCUGUGUUAACACGCCAGGAUCUUACAAAUGCGCUUGCGCACCUGGCUAUUCCCUGGUUGGUGGUCAAAAGUGUGCGGCGAGUGCGUCGGCUGCGCCGGCGCUGGCCCUGGCUCAUGAGAAGGCGGUGUUGAGGAUGGAUCUGCACGGAAGAGCUGUGACGCCGAUGGCGAAUGCCACCUCUGCUGCUGGCUUGGAUUACCAUUACAAGAGGAAUAUACUGUUCUGGUCUGAUCUGAAAACGAGAAAGAUCCACUCUCAAAUGCUGAGCGUGCCAGCUGGCGUCACAAGCUACGGCGGGCACGACAUAUCCGUCGCGGGGUCCUGGGCUCCGGUAGCGUUAGCCGUGGACUGGGUGGGCGACAAGCUGUACGUGGCCGACGCUGUAGGCCAGAAAAUUGACGUGUUCGAGCUGGACGGCCGAUGGCACGCGGUGGUGUUAGGUUCUAACUUGACGAACCCUGCAGAUAUUGCCCUGGACCCGACGCUUGGGUUCAUGUUUGUGGCUGAUAGCAGUCAGAUAAUCCGCGCCAACAUGGACGGCACCCACACCAAGUCUAUCGUAUCAGAAGCCGCGUACAAGGCGUCAGGCAUCGCCGUGGACAUCAUCUCCCGAAGGGUGUUCUGGUGCGACUCCCUGCUGGAUUACAUUGAGACGGUGGAUUACGAUGGGAACCACCGCUUCUUGGUCCUGAGGGGACAGCAGGUGCCCAGUCCCUCCAGACUGGCGCUAUUUGAAGACCGCGUGUACUGGUCCGACAGCACCAAGCAAGGCAUCAGCUCGGUCAGCAAAUACGAGGGUUCCCUCAGCAUCCAAGCGAUUUAUAAGAUGAAGGACGUACGGGACCCUAAAGCUAUUACUGUGAUACACUCCUUGAAGCAAACCUCUGUGAAUAACCCGUGUGGGAACAACAAUGGCGGCUGCGCGCAAAUGUGCAUCGUUACAGCUUUACCCAACGGCGGGUUGGGCUACCGCUGCGCUUGCAAUGUUGGAUAUAAAUUGGAAACUGAUUUAAGAAACUGUAAUUUAGUGAGUGAAUUCCUUAUGUAUUCGCAGCAGAGGUUUAUUAAAGGAAAGGUUCUGAAUCCAGUCAUUGAAGGAUUCAGCGAUGCGAUUUUACCUGUAGUCUCCAGGAGAGCUAGGUUCGUAGGAUUAGAUUUCGACGCUAGAGAUGAACAUAUCUACUAUUCAGAUGUUUUACAAGAUGUUAUAUAUAGAGUACAUAGAAAUGGAUCUACUAGAGAAAUAGUUUUGGCCUCGCAGAACGAAGGAGUGGAAGGUUUAGCCGUGGAUUGGGCGUCGAAGAAUUUGUAUUACAUCGACUCAAGAAAAGGAACUCUAAAUGUUUUAUCGACAAGAAACGUGUCGUAUAGACGGACUUUAUUAAAAGACCUGAAAAGACCAAGGGCUAUCGUAGUCCAUCCCAACAAAGGUUUUAUAUUUUUCUCCGAAUGGGAUCGACCAGCGAAUAUAAGUAGAGUGAAUACUGAUGGAUCCGGUCUUUUGGUCUUCGAAAACGUAACCCUGGGCUGGCCUAACGGAUUGUCCAUAGAUUUUAACACUGACAGAGUAUAUUGGUGUGAUGCUUUGUUAGACCAUGUCCAACACGCCAGACUGGACGGUACCGAUGUAAAAACAGUCAAUUCAAAACUAAUCAGACAUCCAUUUUCUAUAGUAAUUUAUGGUGAAUUCAUGUAUAUCACCGAUUGGAGACUUGAUGCGAUCGUCAGACUGCACAAAUUGACCGGCGAACAGGAAGACAUAAUGCUGAGGGAGCCUAAUACGAAUAGGUUGUAUGGCGUCAAAGUUUACAGCGAGGAAGUCCAAAGAAUAGAUCCGAUGCAACCUUGUGCAAGAAACAAUGGCAACUGUCAAAAAUUGUGUUUCGCGAUACCUAGGAACAACACGGGAAUUUUGACGGUAAAAUGUGGAUGUCCUUAUGGGGAGAAGCUGUCAACCGAUGGUACUAAUUGCGAGGCGGAUCCCAACUCGGAGCCCCCGGUCAGGGCCUGUCCUAACACUUGGGACUUCACGUGCAACAACCAGAGGUGUAUCCCGAAGAGCUGGGUGUGCGAUGGCGAUGACGACUGCCUGGACAACAGUGACGAGGAGUUCGCUAACUGUACAAAAGCAACAUGCAGUUCGUCAGAGUUCAUGUGUAAGUCUGGGCGCUGUAUCCCGGCCACCUUCCGCUGCGACGCGGAGAACGACUGCGGCGAUUAUUCGGACGAAACCGGCUGCGUCAACGUUACGUGCUCGUCGUCGCAGUUCAAGUGUGACAAUGGUAGAUGUGUGCCGAACACUUGGAAGUGUGACUCGGAGAACGAUUGCGGAGAUGGCAGCGACGAGGGCGCGCAUUGUGCUGAGAAAACUUGCGCUUACUUCCAGUUCACGUGUCCGCGCACCGGCCACUGCAUCCCCACGUCGUGGGUGUGCGACGGCGACGACGACUGCUUCGACAAGCAGGACGAGGCCGACUGCCCGCCCGUCUCCUGCCUCGCGAGCCAGUUCAAGUGCGCCGACCUCAAGCAGUGCGUGCAGGAGGCAUACAAAUGCGACGGGAUCCCGGACUGUAACGACGGCAGUGACGAAGCCGGUUGCCCAGCAGUGGCCCCACACCAAUGUCACGACAAACAGUUCCAGUGUCGCUCGUCCAGCAUAUGUAUACCUUCCACUUGGUAUUGUGAUGGUACUCCAGACUGCGAGGAUCUGUCAGACGAGCCGGCCACGUGCGGGUCAGUGACCUGUCCCCACACGCACGUGCGCUGCGACAACGGACGAUGCAUCUUCAAGUCGUACGUCUGUGACGGCAAUGACGAUUGUGGAGACAACUCUGAUGAGGGAGUUAAACAUGCCUGCAAACCUCCUCCGUUCAGAUGCGGUUCUGGCCAAUGGGCGUGUCCGGGCGUUACGGACCGCUGCGUCAACAUCACCCAGGUGUGCGACAACAAACCCGACUGCCCUAAUGGCGCUGAUGAAGGUGCAAGCUGUGACUUCGCGGAAUGCGAGCAUCAAGAUGGCCUCUGUUCGAAUGGAUGCAAGCAAACUCCAACUGGACCACUCUGUUUGUGUCCGAAGGGAGAGGAACUCGACACCAACGGCCUCAACUGUAAGGAUAUCGACGAGUGUACUCCUCCAGGAAUGUGCUCCCAACUGUGUACAAACUCCAAGAGUUCUUACGCUUGUAGCUGCGUUGACGGAUACAGACUCUCUACAGACAACCACACCUGCAAAGCGAACAACCAUUCCAGUGCCUUCCUCAUCAUAUCCAACAGACAUUCCAUCUUAGUCGCUGAUCUGAAUGAACAGGGUUUGGAAAGAGUACCAAUUAACGUAGAAAAUGUCGUCGCCACGGCCUCAGAUAUGCACACUGGAACUAUAUUCUGGUCAGAUAUGAAAUUGAAAAUGAUCGCUAGACUUGACAGAGGCAGUGAACCUAAAGAGAUUAUCACUACAGGCUUGGAUUUAGUUGAAGGAUUAGCUUACGAUUGGGUGGGAGGAAAUAUAUAUUGGUUAGACAGUAAGCUGAAUACAAUAGAAGUGGCGAAAGAAGAUGGUAGCUCCCGCGCAACGUUGCUUAGCGGAAAUAUUACGCAACCCAGAGGAAUGUGCUUGGAUCCUGCAAGAGAAGCCAGUUGGUUGUUCUGGACCGAUUGGGGAGAAAACCCGAGAAUCGAAAGAGUCGGUAUGGAUGGAAGUCGAAGAUCUGCUAUUAUCACGACAAAGAUAUACUGGCCUAAUGGAUUGACGUUAGACACGGCAACUAAGAGAGUUUAUUUCGCGGAUUCAAAGUUGGAUUUCAUAGAUUUCUGUAAUUACGAUGGCACAGGUCGUCAGCAAGUUUUGGCUGGCAGUCAUUACUUGUUACACCCGCAUUCUUUGACCUUAUUCGAAGACACAUUAUAUUGGACAGAUAGACAGUUGAAUCGUGUUUUAUCGGCGCAUAAGUUCAGAGGGACGAACCAAACAGUGGUUUCUCACUUGAUUUCUCAGCCUUUAUCGAUCCAUGUGCAUCAUCCGUCUCUUCAGCCUAAAUACCAAUCGCCGUGUAAGAAGGACGCUUGUCAACAUCUCUGUCUGCUGAGUCCAAACGAAACUGUCGGAUAUACUUGUCUGUGCAAGACCGGAUUUAAACUACUACCAGAUGGAAGAUGUAAUGAAGAGGAGAAUUCAUACCUAAUGGUGCUCAAGGGCUCACAGAUCAUUGAUUUGGCACCCGAUGGUUCAGGGCGCGCGGGACAACUGUCUUCAAUUGUUGGAGUACAAGGUGGAGUCCAAAUCGACUACGACCGUCAAGGUCACAUGCUUUACUGGCUACAAUCCAUCUCUGGCGAUAGUGAUGAUGAUGAAAACUGUACAAUCUACACUAUGCCUUACGGCGGUGGCAAUAAGGUCGAGUUUCUCGGACACGACACCGGAGUCGUUGGCGCGCCUUCGUCCAUUGCGUUCGAUUGGAUUGGAAGGAACUUGUAUAUGGCGAAUAGAGUUGCCAGUAAUAUUGAGCUGGUCAGAGUUGAUAGCAAGGUGAGGUACCGUUCCGUAGUUCUUGCUAACAACGGAAAGAAGGACUCUGUAGCUAAACCCAGAGGCAUCGCGUUAGAUCCCACUGAAGGAAAAAUCUACUGGACCGACGAGGGAGGCUACGGAGUUCCGGCCAAAAUCGGAAAAGCCAACAUGGACGGCUCCAACCCUGUCAUUCUAGUCGACAGCAUAGAAAGACCAGAAGCUAUUGCUAUAGACAUAGAGCUCAAAAUCGUUUAUUUCAGCACCCAAUACCCUCCUAGCAUCAAUAGUGUCAAUUCAGACGGACUCGACAGAAAGACCAUUCUUACUGAAGCUAAUGCCAUAUCAUAUCCUAAAGUCAUUGCAGUACUAGAUUCAAGAUUAUACGUACUAGAUCCACAACACGAAAAGAUUAUUAAAGCAGAUUUGCCUAACGGUGAUAAUAUUAAGACAAUAUUGGACAAUGAAAGUGAUUUGAAAUCAUUAACUGUGUUCCAAAAGAGGAAGAUGAUACACCAUCCGUGUGCCACAGCGAAUGGCGGAUGUGAACAGAUCUGUAUUCCAGGUGAGGGUAGAUCGAGAGUCUGUGCCUGCUCAGUCGGUUACAGAAAAGAAAAUGAAGUUAAUUGCGUUCCUUACAAGACAUUCGCUGUAGUAUCCCAAUUGGACCUUAUUAGAGGAUACAGUUUAGAUUCCACAGCUGAAGCUAUGGUUCCAGUUACCGGCCAAGGGCAUCACAUUCUGCACGUCGAUGUACAUUUUGCUGAGAACUAUAUUUACUGGGUCGAAUUUAACAGAGGACAAUGGAACGGAAUCUUCCGUAUUCGCCCGAACGGCACCGAAUUAGAACAUGUAAUUCGAGAUGGUAUUGGCAGUAAUGGCAUUAGAGGUCUAGCUAUUGAUUGGGUCGCUGGUAAUCUAUAUUUCACCAAUGUCUUUCCUCACGAAAAUUACGUAGAAAUGUGCUGGCUUGAUGGUUCCCAUAGAAAAGUGUUGGUUAAAACUACAAUGGAUGCUCCUAGAGAAUUAGCUGUGAAUCCUUUGAAGAGAUUGCUGUAUUGGAUCGAUUAUGGUCAAUACCCUCGCAUUGGUAAAGCUUACCUUGAUGGUUCCAGUUGGCAGACAGUCGUUAGCUCAGGAAUUUCCAAUCCCAGAGAUUUGACCAUUGAUAUGUUGACCCAUGAUGUUUAUUGGGUGGAUUCCAAGUUAGAUCAAAUACAGAAAAUAUCAUAUAAUGGUGGAAAUCGACAGCUGAUCAGAUCAAAUCUCCCGAACCCAAUGGGAAUUGCUGUUCACACAGGAAACGUAUACUGGGUCGAUAGGAACUUACAAACUAUUUACAAAGCAUCUAAAUUACCUGGAAAUACAACAAUGCCAGAGAAGUUAAGAACAAAUCUACCUAAAUUGAGAGAUAUAGUAAUAUUCGAUGGCAACAAUCAACCUACUGAUGAGAAUAAUCCUUGCAGAAAGUUCGGCAACGGCGGUUGUGAACAAUUAUGCUUUAGUUAUCCGCCAGAAUCUAACAAAGGAGUUACUUAUAAAUGCGAUUGCGCGACAGGCCAAGUAGAUCCGAACAACAUAAAGAAAUGUACUACAGUUGAUGAAUAUUUGGUCUUUACUACUAGGACGGAAAUCCGCGGUAUUAAUUUAGAUCCCAAAUCAACAGGUGUACCUUUUAAACCUAUUGGAAACCUGACUAAUGUAGUAGGUGUAGAAUUUGAUUAUGCCGAUAACAAAUUAUUCUUUACUCAAAUAAGACCAUGGGCUAGAAUAGCUUGGAUGAACGCAAAUAACCCUGAUCCUACCGCCAUUCAAAAUAUCAUCAACAAAGGCAUUAACCCUGAAGGCAUUUCAUACGAUUGGACUCAAAAGAAGAUAUACUGGACGGAUAGUUCAAAUAACUCCAUCUUUGCUAUGAAUUUGGAUGGCAGUGAAUUAGUAAUGAUCGCUAGAGUAGAACGACCAAGAGCUAUAGUUGUAGAUCCUUGCAAUGGAACAUUGUACUACACAGAUUGGGGUAGAUUCGGAACUUCAGGAAAGAUUUACAGAACUACCAUGGCUGGGUCGCUAAAGAAGGCUGUUAUAGAUAAAGAUCUAUCCCAACCGAGUGGUCUGACAAUAGAUUUUGAUGAAAACAUGCUAUAUUGGAGUGAUGCGGUCCGUGAAAAGAUUGAACGCUCAAGACUUGACGGUUCCAAUCGAGAAGUCCUCAUUUCUGCCACAAUUUAUCCUUUCGCUAUUACCGUAUAUAGAAACUACAUUUACUGGACAGAUUUGCAACUGCGCGGAGUAUAUCGGGCCGAAAAACACACAGGUUCUAAUAUGAUCGAAAUGGUAAAGCGUUUAGAGGACUCUCCACGGGAUAUCCAUGUAUACAGCAAGAAACGUCAAUUAUGUCAAGCCAAUGCGUGUAGUAUUAGCAAUGGCGGCUGCGCCCAAAGCUGUCAUCCAGCGCCAAAUAACACCGCUGAAUGUAGAUGUGAUGAAAACACCAAAUUGGUCAAUGAAGGAAGAAUGUGUGUAGCUAAGAAUAUAACUUGCGAUCCUUCUAAAUUCUUCUGUGCAAAUGGAAAAUGUAUUAGUAGGAUGUGGUCCUGUGAUGGUGAUGACGAUUGUGGAGACAAUUCUGAUGAAGAUCGUAACUAUUGCGCGUACCAUUCAUGUUCACCAAACGAAUUCCGAUGCAACAAUGGACGUUGUAUCUUUAAAUCAUGGAAAUGUGAUCACGAGAAUGAUUGCAAAGAUGGUUCCGAUGAAGAAGGCUGCAUUUAUCCACCGUGUGCUGAAGGAGAGUUCACAUGUCAGAAUUCAAGAUGUAUUCCCAUGUCGCAAGUCUGCAACGGAAUAAAUGACUGUAAAGACAAUGUUACAUCAGAUGAAACUCAUGAAAGAUGCCCGCGAAACACCACAUGCCCAACUAACCAUUUGAAAUGUGAAAAGACAAAUAUCUGCGUAGAACCAUACUGGCUUUGCGAUGGAGACAACGAUUGCGGCGAUAAUUCAGAUGAAGACCCGCUACAUUGCGCGCAACGUACGUGCCCUCAAAACAGCUUCCGCUGUCCGAACCACCGAUGUAUCCCUGCCACUUGGUAUUGCGACGGCGAUGAUGAUUGCGGCGACGGCGCUGACGAACCACCAGAAUAUUGCCGCUCAGAAGGUCGCACUUGCUUCGGAGAUCUCUUCACUUGCGACAACGGCAAUUGUAUUCCAAGAAUCUACAUUUGUGAUGGAGAUAACGACUGCUUAGAUCUUAGUGACGAAGACGACCGUCAUCAAUGUAAUGAAAGGAAAUGUGACGCUGAAACCGAAUAUACAUGUGAGGAGAAUAAAUUCUGGGGUCGUGCGCAGUGUAUUCCAAGAAAAUGGCUCUGUGAUGGAGAUCCAGAUUGUAUUGAUGGAGCUGAUGAAAAUUCCACUAUACAUCACUGCGCCGCGCCUGCACCUUGUGCCGACGACCAGUUUCAGUGCAACAAUGGACGAUGCAUCAACGAAGGAUGGGUAUGCGAUCAUGACAAUGACUGUGGAGAUGGUUCAGACGAAGGCAAACGCUGCAACAAAGAAUAUAAGCAAUGUUCAGACCAAGAAUUUACCUGUCAGAACUUCAAAUGCAUCAGAAAUCACUUCCGAUGCGAUGGAGAAGACGAUUGCGGUGACCAUUCCGAUGAAGUCGGCUGUACGAAACAGAACAAGACGUGUCCGAACGGACAAUUCAAAUGUAAUAACGAUCAAUGUAUCGAUAACCGCCUCGUUUGUAACAAAGUGGCUGAUUGUACUGAUGAGUCUGAUGAACCAGCGCAUUGUCACGUUGACGAAUGCGCCAAACUUGAAAUCAAUCAAUGCGGACACAAAUGCGUCGACACUCUCACUGGAUACUACUGCGAUUGUAAUCAAGGAUACAAAUUAUUACCUGACGGAAAAGCUUGCGCCGACGUCGACGAAUGCGUUGAAACACCAGGAGUUUGUUCCCAAUUAUGCUCAAAUACCCCAGGAUCUUAUUACUGCAAAUGUAAUGAUCAGUACUACGAGAGAGAAGCAGACGAACACACAUGUAAACGAAAAGAUAAUACGUCAGCAUGGGUCAUCUUUACCAACAAAUAUUAUGUCAGAAACAUGUCGACUGACGCAUCCAUCUACAAUUUAGUCCACCAAGACCUCAUGAAUGUUGUGGCUAUAGAUUUUGAUUUUAAAGAGCACAAGAUGUACUUCGCUGAUGUUUCUGCCAAGACUAUUUACAGAUCGGAUUACACUGAACCAAAUCCGACUAAAGAAGUAGUUAUUCGUCACGAUUCACAUGCUUUAGAAGGCAUUGCUAUAGACUGGAUUGGAAGGAAACUAUAUUGGCUUGAUAGACAUUCGAAGAACUUAGACGUUUCGGAAUUAGACGGCACAAGACGUAAGACUCUUAAGACAGGAGUAGCAGAUCCUAGAGCCAUAGUAGUCCACCCUGGCACUGGUUAUUUGUACUUCACAUCCUGGCAUUUGCAGGCGUACAUUGGCAAAAUGGGAAUGGAUGGUUCAAACUUCACUGUUAUACUAAACUGGGAACAAGACAUUGCAUGGCCGAACGCUUUGACCAUAGAUUAUUUCACUGACAGGAUUUAUUGGGCUGAUGCUCAUUUGGAUUAUAUUGGAUCAGCUGAUUUAGAAGGACGUCACAGGCAUGUUGUUUUGUCUGGAACUAAAGUGCCUCACGUAUUCGCUCUUAGUCUUUUCGACGAUGAAAUUUACUGGACCGACUGGAAUUUGAAGGCGAUAAGCAAGGCUAACAAGCAUUCUGGAGAGAAUCUAGCAGUUCUGAGGAAUACUACACAUAGGCCUUAUGAUAUCCAUGUAGUUCAUCCGUUGAGGCAACUGCCGUAUACGAAUCCUUGUGGUGAUAACAAUGGAGGAUGUUCCCAUCUAUGUCUAAUAGCGCCUCCUCAUGAAUCCAGCUACUUAAACAUCGAAGGUUACGGAGAAGAAGGUGCAACGACAUACAAAUGCGCAUGUCCUAAUCAAUUCUACUUAGCGAGGGACCAGAAGACUUGUAUAGCGAAUUGUACCGAUGGCCAACACAGAUGUAACGGGCGUGAUGAGAAGUGUAUUCCUUGGUUCUGGAAGUGCGAUGGCGAGAAGGAUUGUAUGGACGGAUCUGAUGAACCAGACACGUGCCCAGUUAGGCAUUGCCGCGCUGGGUCGUUCCAGUGUAAAAACACCAAUUGCACACCAGCCGCGACCAUUUGUGACGGAACUGAUGAUUGUGGAGAUGGCAGUGAUGAAGCCCAGUGUUCACACGAAUGUCCUUUACUGGAAUUCAAGUGCAAAUCGUCAGGACGCUGUAUUUUGGACAGUUGGAAAUGCGAUGGUGAUACAGACUGCAAAGAUAAUAGCGACGAAGACCCAAUCAUGUGUCACAACAGACCUUGCAACACUGACACUGAAUUCUCAUGCAAGAAUGGCCGUUGCAUACCGAAAUUGUGGAUGUGUGACUUCGAUAACGACUGUGGUGACGAUUCCGACGAACCAGCGUACAUGUGCAGACAAAGAAAUUGCACAACUGGAUGGAGAAGGUGUCCAGGUCAAUCCAACUACAGAUGUAUUCCAAAAUGGCUGUUCUGUGAUGGGAAAGACGAUUGCAGAGACGGAUCUGAUGAAUUGCCGGAGAAUUGUCCGUCUUGCAACAGCGAAACUGACUUCACCUGCGAGAAUAAACGCUGUAUACCAAAGCAAUGGUUGUGCGACUUCACCGACGACUGCGGCGACGGCAGCGAUGAGGCCGAAGCAACAUGCCAGCACAAUUACAGGGAAUGUUCCGAAUCUGAGUUCAAAUGCGGCAAUGGAAAGUGUAUUUCGUCUAGAUGGCGCUGCGAUCACGAAGACGAUUGUGGCGAUAACUCGGACGAGAUGGAUUGUGGCGGCUUCAAGUGCAAGAACGGGACAUUCCAGUGUAAAUCGGGACAUUGUAUCGCGGCUUACUUCAGGUGCGACGGGGACAGAGACUGUCGGGACCUGUCGGACGAGAUCGGAUGUCCACCGAGGUUCCCUGGAGGGAAAUACUGCCCUGAGAGCAGAUUCCAAUGCGGCAACAACCUGUGCGUGUCGCAGUCUGACCUGUGUGACGGAACGGACGACUGCGGCGACGGUUCUGACGAGGCGGCCUCCAUCUGCACAAACUUUAAUUGCGACACAUUAAGACGGUUCCAUUGUGACAACCAUCGAUGUGUGCCGAGAUAUCAAGUGUGCGACGGCAUAGACAACUGCGGCGACGGGUCUGACGAGAACAACAUGACGCUGUGCGCGACGCGCGCGCGGCCCUGCGACCCCUACAGCCAGUUCCAGUGCGCCAACAAGCGCUGCGUCGACCGCUCGCAGCUGUGCGACUUCGCGGACGACUGCGGCGACGCCAGCGACGAACUCGGCUGCCACCACACGCACGCCUGCGACCACAUGGACAAAGGUGGCUGCGAGCACUUUUGCACGAACCUGACCUCAUCGGGCGGCGGCUACAUCUGCACCUGCUUCCAGGGGUGGAUCAUAUCGCCGCAGGACAAGAAGAAGUGCGUGGACGUGGACGAGUGCGCCCAGGGCACGCACCACUGUUCGCAGAUCUGUUCCAAUGUCAACGGCAGCUUCGCUUGCAGCUGUAGGGAUGGAUUUAGGUUGGCAGACAGUCUAUCAGGCGUGUGCAAAGCGAUAGAAGACGAUGUCGUCCUUAUAUUCGCGAACGGACCUGAGAUCAGGGCAUUCGUCCAGGACAAGAACGAAGAAUUCGAAGUUAUUUCCUCAGAGAAGAGAAUAGAGGCGCUCGACUACGAUCCUAUUCACGAAAUGGUCUUCUGGGCGGACAGCUACGAUAAGACCAUCAAGCGGUCGUACAUGGUCAACGCUAUGGAAGGCCAGGUCAAGAGUGGCUUCGCGCAAGACUUGAACAUGAAAGGCAACUCCAAACCCACAGCCUUAGCCGUGGACUACGUGGGCGAUAACUUAUACUGGACCGAAGCUGAUAGAACAGGGUCGAAACCUAGAGGAAGAGUCAUGGUCGCCAGAACCGAUGGAAGGUACAGACGAGCAAUCGUCUCAGCUGGCAUUGAGAGCCCAACAUCUUUGUCUUUAGAUCCUCAAAUGGGCAAAAUGUUCUGGUCAGACUCUGGCUCCGCGCCGAAGAUCGAAAUAUCUUGGAUGGAUGGAAGCAAACGGCGACCGAUCGUCACGGAGAAUAUUCGUCACCCGACCGGUCUAGCGAUAGAUCAAGCUAUGGACCAUACUAUAUACUGGGUUGAUACUAAACUGAACACGAUAGAAACGAUAAGACAUGACGGGUCGAAUCGAAGGAUAAUUCUCCGCGGAGACACGUUGAAGCACCCGAUCUCGUUGGAUGUGUUCGAGUCGUCGCUGUACUGGGUGACGAGGGACACGGGCGAGCUGGUGAGACAGGACAAGUUUGGACGAGGAGUGCCCUUCGUGAUUUCGAAGGAUCUAGUCAACCCCUCGGCUGUGAAAGUGUACCACCCGCGGCGCUACAACACGAGCGCGGUGUCGCGCGCAGCGUGCGCACGCGCCGCGUGCUCACACGUGUGCCUGGGCGUGCCCGGCGGCCGCCGCUGCGCGUGUCCGGACCAGCAGCCGCCGCCCAAGCGCGCCGGCGCCGACAGGGCUUGCGACGCCGCGGUGGAAGCUCCCCGCGCCUUGCCCCGCGUGUGCCCGUGCGAGAACGGCGGGCGCUGCGUGGAGACGGCGGACGGCGUGACGUGUUCGUGCCGCGCGCCGCUGCAGCCGCCGCUGUGCGCCGCCGCCGCCGCCGCCACCGGCGCGCGCGCCGGCGCCACCGCCGCGGUGCUGGUGCCGGUGCUGCUCAUACUCGUGCUCGUCUUGGUCGGCGCGGCUGGAUGGUUCUUCGUGAGGAAGCGACCGUUCGGCAAAGGCGGCCUGGGCAGUUUGGCGUCCUCGCAAAGCGUCUCAUUCCGUCAGGGCUCCAACGUGGAGUUCGGCGGCGUGGCCGAGCCCGCCUACACGCUGGAGGACACGAGGCGCAAGGGCCGAGACUUCAGCAACCCCAUGUAUGAUGCUGUGACGCGCGCCAGGGCUGCGGGAGACGAGCCGCCUUUACCGGGCAUCUACGAAGUACCGGAGGAGAUAAAAGACAAAGUGGUAUCGGCGGUGUUGUCGCCGUCGUCGACGGAGACGCGCGGCGCGCGGGCGCUGGACCCGGCGGCGGACACCGGCGCCGACACGGCGCAGCUCGUGCGCGAGGACCGCCACUGCUAGCGCCGGCUGACUCCCGCUACCCGACAUUAGUCACGCGGGUCUUGAAACUUUAAACAUUUACUUUUGUUUGAGGUUAUAUUUUUUUAUGCCCGCAUUUUUAAAUUAAUUUAAAGCAAACGGAUAGACGCGACAGUGAUCAUAAUGAAAAUUGAGUAUAUCUUUGCUUAAAAUCGAUUUUAAACAAACCGUAUUAGGGUAUUUUCGUAUAGAUGAUACACGCGAUUAUUUUCUAAAAAGUAACAAAAAAAAAUGCAAAAUAAGUAAAUAUAGAAAUUCCAAUUUUGUUUCUUAUUGUUUCAGGCAUUAUGUAUUAAUAUGCUUUAUUUUCUGUAUUUACUUAUUUCGGACCCUAAUUGUAAUGCGGAAUUGAUAAUAUUAAUGUCACCUAAAAAUACGCUAUUUUAAAUAUCAUACGAAAGAAUAUUUUUAAUAGAAAGCGUAGUGGGGUUUUGACAAGACAGUCGAAUAUUAUUGUAAAAAUACAUGAAAAAUUUUGCCAACAUAAAUUCUUUCCUAAGCAUCUAUUUCUACCGGCACAAGGAACGCACGCGACCUGGAUCAUUAGAUUAUAAUCCUUAAAUGUUUUUUUUUUUUUCAAUCGAAUGAAUAUCAUCAACAGAAACGAUUCUUUUAUCGAUUAUUUUUAAGAACUUUUAUUUCUUGUUUUACUAUUUUUCUAACCUUUAUUUUCUUCUGUAACAUUUUUUAAACCAUAAAUUUAUUGCAAAGUACUCCUGGAGAGGGUCUCAUUGUUUUAGCGAUUUGUUCGUAAAAUAUCAGCGGCGCAAAAUGUCUAAAAUAACACAAAAAAUACAAAGAAACAUCUCAUAAUUGAUUCCAGAAUUACGUAAUGCGAAUAGAAUGAAGCUGACGCUUUGCAUGUUUUAUCAUUUUGCGAAUCUGGAAUUUUGCACGCGAAUCGUCUUAGAAUAGGUUAGAGUAAGUGACAGCGACGUUUUGACGUCAUCGUAGAAUUUUAAAUUCAGUUGACAAUAAGCAAUAAAGAAACAGUUUAGCGAAUAAUUUAUUUAUUUCGGUUUAAGACUAUGUAAAAUAUAGCUACGUUGUGUUUUAUUAUUGUCUAUUAAAUGGAAAUUAUUAGACUUUGUGGAAUUUUUGACGAUUUGCCAUAACCUGUGAGAUGUCUGUUGUUGUUUUUUUUUAAAUAUAUUUUAGCCUGUCUCAUUGGUUUUUGAGUUCUACGAUUGUAAAUAUCCUGACUUGUGAUGUACAUUUAAAAGUCUAAAUUAAAAUACUAUAUCGUUGUUAAUCGAAUUAAUCUAUAAAUAUGUACAGGUCAACAUUCCUUUGUGAAUAGAUACACAUCACAUUAUAUUAAAUACAAAUCAUUAAUUGAAUGAGAAUUGAUAGUGUAUAAAGUUAUAGAUUUGUCAAUAUAUAAAUAUAGAUGAAAUAUUUUUGUAUUGGGAUUAUUGCAUAAAUAAAUAUAUAUAUAUAUAGUUAUUAGACAGUUGUCUGAAUUUAGUUGAAAACAUUGUGUAAAAUAAAGUGAAAUGAAAUACACAA